AUGGGUCAAUCUAGCAUCUUGAACCGACUUUCGGCGCUCGACACCAAUACAGUGUCUGAUGCCUUGGAUUUUCUCGGUCUCAAAGGAGCUACCUACGGCCUGCGACCACUUUGGGACUGCCCAAAGAUUGUUGGACGUGCUAGCACAGUCGAAGUGGGCCGCAAAACUGAUGUUGCCCCCACCGCCCAUCUACUCACUCCCGUUAUAGAUGCGGUAACGACAGACGACCGCAUUCUCGUCAUCGCCGGGGGUACAGAAGGCGUCUCAUGCUGGGGUGAUAUCAUCGCCAAUGCCUCCAAAGUGAAGGGCAUCCGUGGAACUAUCAUCGACGGCAUGAGUCGCGACAUUGAUGGCAGCCGCGAUGUCAACUAUCCCGUUUAUGGCCGUGGCGUGACUAUGAUUAGUGCGCGCAACCGAGUGGUGCAAAUCGACUCUGGCAAACCGCUACAGAUGCGGGGCGUCACGGUGCACCAAGAUGACUAUGUGAUCGCCGAUAGAUGUGGGACAGUUUUUGUCCCAGCCCAGCGUAUCGAGGAGGUCCUGGAUUAUGGCGAGCGUAUCGACCGUCGCCAAGCCCUCAUGGUUCAGGCCGUCCGAGCAGGAAGUUUAGUGUCUGAGGUCAUGCACGACUCACAAUUCGAAGCUAUCCACGAGGGUACACCGACGCCGAAAGUCGCGGCAACCGCGCCACCCACCAAUCGAAAUCCCAAGAAGCCUAGCAUCGAGGAUCAAGAGUUGACAGCGCUGUUUGCCGAUUCAGACACUCCUGGGGUCUCUGACGCGCUCGAUAAGCUUGGCAUUCCUGGACAGGCGUUUGGUAUCAUGCCUUUAACCAAUUACAAAAAGGUUACGGUUGGGCCGGCCUUUACCGUACGUUAUGUGCCCGCCAGCGACCCGCCAGGAAGUGUUGGCGAUUUCAUCGACAACGUUGCCAUAGGUGAUGUCAUCCUCAUCGACAAUGGCGGUCGCACAGACUGUACAGUUUGGGGCGAUAUUAUGACUCAGUACGCCGGCUUACAGGGCAUUGCUGGAACUGUCAUCGAUGGUGUGUGCCGCGAUGUGAAUCGUGCCAUCAAUGAUGACUACCCGCUCUUCACUGCUGGACGUUGGAUGCGAACUGGUAAGGACCGGGUACAAGUGGGAGGAGUGAACGAGACGAUCGGCAUUGGCAAGGUUCGUGUCCAACCCCGUGAUAUCGUUGUCGCGGAUGCAAACGGUGUCGUCGUUGUUCCGCGAGAUCGCGCCCGCGAAGUGGCCGAAGUGGCAGGAAGGAUCGAAAAAAGCGAAGCCGGCAUUCGGGAACUGAUCGCUAGCGGUGCCACAAUUGCCCAGGCGAGAGAGAAGCUCGGAUAUCACACGCUGCAGCGCAAGGAAUAA